AUGGCUGCCAACAUCAAUUUCCAUCUAGGAGGCUGCCUCAGAACCCCUGCCAAUAUUCUCCUGUUUGCUUUUUGGUUCUGGGUCAAUUCAGCAAAGUCGAAGGCAAAGCGGACCGGCGGCUGCAUCUUGCCAGCUCCUUCCACCCAACCGCCAGAAACAUCUAACCGGGUCUCAUAGCCUGGGUAGCCAGUCGAACAGGCAGCAAACGACCCGGACAGCCCAUAG